GCGCAAGCGCGGAGUGCUUAACCUUCCUUCACCGUAUCGCCGACAACGAACGAAUCAACGAUCCUUCGUUUCCUCUUUCUUUUAUAUACUCUGUUCCUCAUUCCCUUCUUCACUUCCACAAAAAUCAUAAAAAAAAAUAUAUCUGGAAAUAGUUUGAAGCAUGCCGGGAUUAACGUGCAACGCUUGCAAUGCUGAAUUCAGAGAUGAUACAGAGCAAAAGCUCCAUUACAAGUCCGAGUGGCAUCGCUACAACCUCAAGCGCAAGGUAGCUGGGGUUCCAGGGGUGACUGAAGCACUAUUUAUGGCUAGACAAUCUGUUCUAGCUCAAGAGAAAGAUAAAUCGAGUGAAACCCCAAUGCUUUAUAGCUGUGGUCUUUGUGGAAAGGAUUAUAAAAGCUCUAAGGCUCAUGCUGAGCACCUUAAAUCACGUGGUCAUAUGAUGCGGAUUUCUGAAGGAACUAGUCAUGCAGAUGAAAAGGCAAUAAUUAAGCCACUUCCACAACGUGCUGUGAAUAGGCCACCUACUAGAAGAGAGGUUGAUAACCCUGAAAACGAAGAAAGUGAAGAUGAAUGGGAGGAGGUUGAUCCUGAAGAUGAUCUGGUUGAUGAUGCUGCAAAGUCCUUGACUGAUUUGAAUGUAAAUGAGCAUGGUAGUAACGAUGAUAAUAUGGAUGAAAAUGAUGAUGAUUUUGAGGAGUUAGAUCCAUCGUCUUGCUUUAUGUGCGAUCAAGAGCACAAAACAAUAGAAGAUUGCAUGGCUCACAUGCACAAGCAUCAUGGAUUCUUCAUUCCAGAUGUUGAGUAUUUGAAGGAUCCAAAAGGCCUUCUCACCUAUCUUGGCCUUAAGGUCAGAAGGGACUUCAUGUGCCUGUACUGCAAUGAUCGAUGUUAUCCUUUCAGCUGCUUGGAAGCUGUCAGGAAACAUAUGGCAGCAAAAAGUCACUGUAAAGUGCAUUAUGGUGACGAUGAUGAUGACGAGGAAGUAGAGUUAGAAGAAUUCUAUGAUUAUAGCAGCAGUUAUGUGGAUGAGCAAGGUAAGCAGCUGGUUGUAUCUGGUGAUUCAGCAAACAAUGUAGAACUUGUUGGUGGGUCUGAGCUCAUAAUAACUAGGAAAUCUGGUGGUAGAAUAUCAACCAGAACACUUGGUUCCCGUGAAUUUUUGCGUUACUAUCGUCAAAAACCACGACCAUCACCAGUAAAUAGUAUGGCCAUCACUGCAGCAUUGGCUUCAAGGUACAGGAGCAUGGGUUUGGCCACCCUCCAAUCAAGGGAGCAAAUUGUGAGGAUGAAAGUCCUUAAGGAAAUGAAUCGGUCAGGUGUGGAGAAUAUGCGCACCAAGAUAGGGAUGAAGAGUAAUGUCAUCCGGAACUUGCCAAAGAAUGUCCCAUAUUAGCCCUCGCAAGUAAUAGUUUACUUGUUUAUGUGGUGCUAUGUAGUGGUAGUUAUUGAGCUAUAGGCUUUCCUUCUGAAUUAAUUUUACAUUUCUUGAGCUCAACAGUGUUCCACAUAACAUCCAAAGAUAUCAUUUGUGUUAAAUGGAAUGACAUGAUAUUUUUCUAUUGUGUUGGGCAGUUUACCUUUUUUUGGUUGUUAGUGGUUUCAUCAAGAUCUGGAUUAUAAUGUUUGAUCAAUUUGGGGGAAAAAAAAAAGAGAAAUUACAAUAUAUUUUCACAGGAAAAUAUAUAGAAUUUGUUGUUGAUAUAUGUAGCCGUGAAAAUAAUGAAACCAAAUUGAGUGGAAAUUUUAAUUUUAAUCAAGGUGAAUACAAUUUU